AUUCUCUAUUCUGAGGGCUCUUUCCUUUCAGUUCACUUUAAACCAAAGUCCUAAACGCACUUCGGUAACAGCACUGUAAGAUUUCAAAGCUUAAAAUUCAAUUUUUCUAAACUUUAUUUCAGACGAAUAUAAAAAGACAUUUUUAUUGAAAUAGGGGUUUGAUUUUAUUUGCAACCGGUGAACCAGCCAAUCAGAUCGCAGUAUUUUGAUCUAGUCCUCAGGUGACUGAGAGGUGUAAAUAAAGUGCCUGAGCUUGCCGACAGUGCUUUUGAAUUUAGACAAAGAGUUUUGGUACUUUACAUAAAAAUCCAAUGCUGUCAGGCCGAAAAUAAUGGUGCCAGAGUGUUAUUUUCGGUAUCGCGAGAAUGCACAAUAGGCGCGUCGGACCAUUGGCAGUUCAAACAAAACCUGACGGCGAAACGAAUAUGGCGUCUGAUGUUGAAGAAGGACGUGGAGAUAUCGCGUUAAAUUCUUUUGAAGAUGAGGACAGCAACGACGACGAAGAAGGUAUGAAUGUAUAACUUUAAACUAAAGCUCUGGUUUCCUAACUACCUGGGAAUGAUAAUUAAUUUAUAGCCAUUUCAAGUUUGUAGCCGUCUGUUUAAAAUCCGACCAAAUUUCACAGCGGUUGUGUUUACGUUUUUAAACUGCUAUUUGUCAGGUUAUUGUUUUUCUGACAAGUACAACAGUACUGUGUAUUCUUGUAGUUUCCUAUUCUAAAGCGACGUAUUUCGUUUUUGUUUGCAAAAGGUCUUGGCAACAGCCGAAGCAAUAAAUUAUUUGAAGGAUUACCGAGUCAUAUCAAUAAUCGAAAUGUCGCUGGGGGCCCAUCGCAAAGUGCGGGAAACAGAAGGGGUGUAUCGUUGCAUCGGCGCACUAGUUCGGGAAGACGUUCCCAAGAGUCGGCAACGGACCAGGCAGACGGACAAGUUAUAGAUAUCGAAGAUGAAAACCAUUCGGUCGACAGAGGCGAAUCCUACAAGGCCAUGGCCGCCCCCAUGGCAACGAAACGUAGUGUUAGGUAAGGCGCCGCUAUUUUUCAUAACAAACUUUAAUACAUAAUUGUGCAAACAUUUUCUUUGCACCUGUCUGGCUUCAAAUUCUCAGAUGUGCCAAUAUAUCAAAUUCGAUUUUAAUAGGUUGUUUGUUUUUCAACUUUUUUCAGCACUUUGACAGUGGCUAAUAUAGAGCACGUACUAUUUGAAAUUUUUUUUCGCCAUAAAUAUGCAUUUGGCUACAGAAUUAUAUAAGGUCGAACCUGAGGAAAAAACAUUGAAUAAAAGAGGAAUAUAGGAAUUAUAAAUUGAAAGAAUGCAAUUAAAAGGCUGAAAUUAUAUGGCUUGAUGAAUAGACAAAUAUCCCACCCACUCAGAGUCGGGUCGUAGACAAUUGAAGGAACUCCUUUAUAGAUUAUGGCCAAAUGCAUGACAACCCAACAGUGAAAAAACAUUGUAUAAUAAAACACAAAAAUCAACAUCCUUGGAAACUGGCAUGCACCCACGCACACUCAAAUAUGUUUGUGCACAAAACUCUCCCUUUAACAAGUAAAAUCACCUGGCAUUAGACAGAGUUGUGGCCAUUGUAGCUUUAAAAAAAUAUGUGUUAACCCAUUAAGCUGCAGAGCUUCCCCAUUGACAAGUAAAAUCGUCUAGCGUUAGAGAAGUUAAAAAAAUAAGUAGGCUACACUGGGGCACAUUGCAGCUCAAUGGGUUAACUAGAUACAUUGCCAGAUUUUUUGGUUAUUUAACCCAUUCAGCUGCAGAGCUUCCCCAUUGACGCGUAAAAUCGUCUAGCAUUAGAGAAGUAAAAAAAUAAAUAGGCCACACUGGGAUGCAUUCCAGCUCAAUGGGUUAACUAGAGACAUUGUCAGAUUUUUUGGUUAACCCAUUAAGCUACAGAGCUUCCCCAUUGAUGAGUAAAAUCAUCUGGCGUUACACAAGUAAAAAGAAUAAGUAGGAUGCAUUGCAGCUCAAUGGGUUAAACCGUUAGCCCAUUAGCAGUGCUCUUCUCUUGACAAGUAAAAUUGUCUGGCAUUAGAUUAAAAUAAGAAAGUCAGGCACAUUGGGAUCACAAUAGGACUCAACUGGUUAAUACUAAAUUUGUACAUGCACGAUCAUAGAGGGGGAUGUAUUGCCCUGAAUAUGUAGCUCUAUCAGUUUAUAAAUGCUCUGUGUAAAGGUCCAGUGAGCAGAUUAGCCAAGUUGGGCAGUUAGGAAUGUGUGACACCUCGGGGCAUUACUGCCAUAUUUGAUUGCAAAACAUGCUUCUCUAACAGCAUUGCUAAUUAACAACUCCUCAGAUUUUACCAACGCUGCCCCAAAAGUCUCGGACAGAAUUUCGAACAUUUCCAAUUCAUAUUCAUUGAAAAGAGAAGAUAUCCACAUAAUCUUCUGACUAUACAGAAUUAAAAUAUGUUGAAUAUAGGCUGCUUUCCUGUUAAGUGUUUUUCACAUGUAAACAUGUACAGAAAAGUUUAAAUCUUUUUAAAUUUAAUUGAUAUAAGCAUUACUACCUUAAUUUAUUAAGAAAUACACAUUAAACCAUAUGUGCUCCUCUUUUAUUCAUUUAGUUAUUUCAUCAGUAAUUUUUAAAUGGAUUUAAACUUUCCAUGCAUAUGUAUGCACAUAUGAAAAAAGGCAUACCUGGAAAGCAGCCAGGUGAUUUUAGCAUGUAAGGCUGAUUGGCAGACUGAGUGUUACUACAGUAUAAAACAGUAGCGCUCUGAGAAAAUGCUGCAGUGUUUUGUAAAACCAAACUGGAAGCACUCUCACAUUACAUUGAGGUGAAAUUUAUCAGACAACUACAUAUUGUGUCAGUCAAAUUCAGAUAUAAGGCACACAAACAACUCUGCCAUGCAGUAUUGGCAAAACACCAAAACAACAAUCUCGUAUCCCUGACCUCUCUACAUACAUCUCACCUUGCUAAGAUAUUCUUGGAAUUUGCACCUUAUUCAAACCCCACUAUGAUGAGACAUAAUGCAGAUCUAUCAAUCUGAGUAUAAUCUCUUAGUAUUUGAAACCUGAUUCCAAGCAUAGCAAUAACAUAUUUAGUCAUAUCAUAACCAGGUGGUGUGGAAAAAUAUAUUCAUUAGUUUUGAGUGUGUGUUACAUAACACCUUAACAGAGUCUGAAAUUUACAUUUUUUUUCAGUAUUUGUCUGGGAUGCCAGGAUCCCAAAUUUGGACCCCCCCCCCCUCUGAGAAUCUGGUGUCCUACUUCUGGUUACCAUAAAUUAUAGCAUUAUACGCCGAAGAUCAGACUUCGGCGUGGACUUCAAAAGUUAUCGGCGUACUGGCGUACGUAUGCUUGUAGUCUUUUCGGUGUACUGCGAAUAGUGUUUGGCAUAUGCCUAUAUGGCUUACUGGCGUAAAUCGGUGAAUGGCAUUCUUGGCGUGUUUUAAAACUUUUAAUUACUGAUCUCAGCAACUAUCUUUAGCUGCUUUUGUCCAAAUUUGAUUCCGGACUUGUUAAGGCAGGCAAAAGGCACAAAUAACGAUAAAUUUUAAAUAAAAUUACAACAGUAAUAAGAUGUUCUUUCAAAAGUCGAAAAUAUAUAUAAUUAUCAAUACAUGUGUAAGUUUGUGUCUUAAAAAGGAGUUUUUAUUUACUUAAAAUUCAAUUCAAUUGCUACAUUAUAUUCUUAAUAAAAAUUCUCAUAUCAAAUUCACAUGAAAAUCAUCAUCAUCAAUUUUUUUUUGACAGGAAAGCUAGGAUGUCAAACCAAUCAUAUACCAAGAGCUUGUCAUUCUGGAAAGCGUUUAAACUGCGUACAGCAAUGGUAGGUUGCAACCCUCGAAAUUCAACUAUUUCUGCCUCUGCAAAUAAUUGCCGAGGUCUUUCGAUAAUUUUCGAGUUUGCCUCGGCAUUUUUUUUGCCGAGGCACGCAAUGAAAUCACCUUAAAUUCCUUCGGCAAUUACUUCGGCACCCUUCGGCAUUCACGUCGGCAGUUGUAAUUAAAGUAAAGUACAUAUGGAAAUUAUUGUGAACAAAUAUUAUAACGAGCAUAGAUUCUGACGUUUUACAAUUUGUUGUUAUUUUACAAAUUCCUGAUUCAAAAUGUUUUUAUGAAAGAAUAAACUUGACGGUAAUCACGCGACAAUCCAAAAGAUAAAAUUCUUUAUUUCAGCCGAAGCAGACGCUGAAAAGCUCAAAUUUUGAAUAUUUUGUAAAGUAGUUUUUUUAUGAAUGAAAUCUUCUGUUGUUCAGCCGACGUCGAUGACAACAAUUCGAACAAAGAAGUGAUACAAAAAACGAACACUGUAGUUUGUAAAUUUAAGUAAAAAAAUGAACAGACGCUGUAGUUUGUAUAUUAAAUAAUUUAAGGUACAACGGUUGGAAUUGCCUCGGCAUUUUUUUGCCGAGGCAAACUAUGAAAAAUCGUAACUUGCCUCGGCAUUUGCGUCGGCAAUUGCCGAGUGCCAAGGCGAAUUUCGAGGGUUGAGGUUGUGGGAUAGAAAAGAUAUAGUUGGACCAGCAAUAAAUUUACUUUAAUUUUACUUUAAUUAACCCAUUGAGUGGCAGCACUCUCCCCCUUACAAUUAGUACACUCGUCUGGCGUUAGGGCGCAUCUGGGCGCAUUGCCACUUAAAGGGUUAAACUUAUAUUUGCCAUAAUAUAUUUAUAUAUUAGUGGUGGCAUCUUACCAAGCAGUCGAUCGAAGAAGGAAUUCAUGCCAUGGAAUUAUGGAAAGGUCAUCUGAAAGAAGUGGAAGGUAUUGAAAGAAGAACAUAAUGCUUGAUUGGUAAAAUUAUCCAGCAUUAUAGAGAAUCAAAUGAGUGAUUCCAGCUAUGGACAAAAUUUUGAUCUAGACAAGAAAAAGGGAAUCCAACACCACACCUAGAAAGAGCAUCUUAAAAUGAAUAAAAUUGCAAAGUUUGGUUGCAAAAUGUUGUGCAAUAAGGAAAAUAUAGCUCUGUGAAGUUCACAAGUUUUGUAUAUUUGCAUUAUGCACAGAAAAAAUAACCAUUUUUGAGCAGAAAGUGGUUAUUUUUACCAUGCAUAAUACAAAUAUAUACAAAAUUUGCAAACUUCACACUAUAUUUUCCUCAUUUUAUAACAUAUUUGUAACCAAACUUUGCAAAUUUACUCAUUUUAAGAUGCUCUUUCUAGGUGUGGUGUUGGAUUUCGUUCUUUCGUCCAUAGCUGGAAUCACCCAUUGAUAGGAAGGGUGUAUUUGACUGCUUUAAUGGAGUAAAGUACAAUAUUUGUUUUUAGGUCAAUUUGGAAAUGGUGUGCUGUCAUUCUUUCUGUUCCUUAAAUGGUUACUGUUCUUGGAUCUCCUAAUUUUCAUCAUCCAGUUCUGUUUUAUUUCUGUGCCAAAGCUUGUUCUUCCUGAGCCUGCUAUUCAUGCAAAUAGUUCGUGUCCUGCCACACAGAACCUGGACUAUACUUCAGGAAAAGGUGCCGGGAAUUUGGUCGUAGAUUUUAUGACUGGUCAGGUAAGUUUCACACUGAUCAUGGGGUGUCGAUGGCGCAUUGGUUGGUUUACCUGUGCAAGAAGAAUUUCCUGGGACCAGUUGUUUGAAAGCUGCGGUUUGCUUAACCCUAGGUUAACCUAAAAUUUAAAGCAAACUUAAUUUCCAACAGCUUGUUGAUAAAUUUGAAAAUAUUUCUUUAGAGAUCUGGCCUGGAUCAGCAGGAGUUUUGUCUGAAGUUUUGAAAUAUGUAUAUGCAGACGUGCAUGCAGAAAUACAUAAACUAAAACAGCAGGUUAAAUUUUAACCAAGGGUUAGCGCGCUAAUCCAGCUUUGAACAAGUGGCCCCUGGAAUAUAAAGUUGUCUGAUUAUGAUUUUACCAGUUGUAUAAUAAAAAUUUCUUAUCAAAAAAUUCCUAUUGGAAUCCAUAUUUCCUAUAGAAAUGAAUUUGUAUGGGAAUAGAAUUUCCCAAAAGAAUUGUAUAUAGGAAUGGUCCAAAAUUCCUAUAGGAUUUCCUAUAGGAAGUGUUUCCUUUCUCUAUGAGUCUCUACCAAAGGUUUUCUGGUACACAGGUUCCUCCUGUAGUAACACUAGACAAAUAAAAGAUUAUCCUUACUGGACCUCUAAGAAGAACAGUUCAGAAUUGAAUUGAAUUUGAAUUGAUGUAGUAAUCCAGAAUAAAUAAAGUUAGUUUAGUUUCGGUGUCUUCCUGUAGCUUCACUGGAUCAAUAAGAGAUCAUCUUUACUGCACCUCUAGGGAGAACAGUUCAGAAUUGAUUUGAAUUGAUGUAUAGUAAUCCAGAAUAAUUAAAGUAAGGUUAGUUUAGGUUUCGUCCUGUAGUAACACUGGACCAGUAAAGGAUGGUCUUUCUUGACCUUUUUGGAGAAGAGUUCAUAAUUGAUAAAGCACUAUCCAAUAUAAAUAAAGUUAGUUUGGUUUAGUCAUUUCCUUAUACAAGUAUAGAACAGUCCGGUAUUGCUAAUAGCAUCUGGCAGAAUAAAGUACUUUCAAUUUACUGUAAGAAAUAUUGAAGUUUAUACUGCAUUUUCCUUCAAUUCUAAGGGUUGGAUCAAUACGACCAUAAUGUUCUACAGUAGCUACCCUGCAACGACUCUAGUUAGCGACGAUGGUGACACGACAUAUAAACUACCAUUGGCCUAUCUUUUGGUUGGUGCGGCAUACCUACUACUUAGCUUGCUGCUUAUGGUCAGCAGGUAUGUAUAGUACAUUGUUCUUUAGCUUCUUUAUACUGUGGCCUCGCUUUUGAGUUUCUGUUCUGCUUAUUCUUUAGCCUUGCCAAGAACUUUCAGCAGAGCUACAUUGAAGGUGGUGGUCAGUUCUAUUCGUUCUGUAACAAAGCGUUUGCCUCUUGGGAUUUUUGUAUCACUGACGAAAAGACCGCAAAAAUAAGAAGUCAGAAUUUUAUCAAUGAUAUCGAGGUAUAUAUAAACCAUAUAAAAGUUACUCUGGUCAUUGGGUUUCCAUAGCAGCCUGCCUUUUGUCAACAAACCUAUUGCAAUGUUUUGAAGACUUGUUUCUCCCAGAGACGUAUGGCCCAUUUUGAUGAAUUUGGGCAAAGAAAAGAUAGUUUACAGCAUAAACGCUGCAAACAGAUGGAUCACUAUCUGCCUAGUUAGUUCUACACGAACUAGCUUGUGUCCAGUUGACAGAUGAUCACUGUCAAUUUGUAUCAGGGCUUGAAUUUUAUCGCAGCAAUUGCCGUAGAGGGAGAACAAAAUGCCGUGGAUGAUUGCGGCAACGACGGCAAUUUUUUGCCGUAUAAUAUAAUUUUUGUACUAUUCACUGUGCAUUACUAUUUUAAUUUUGAUACUUGAAUUGAGAUGUUGAUCAAAUUACUAUUUUAGUCUCAGUUUUCUUCGAGAAAAAACACUAAAGAAAUACGUAAACAUGUUUCUAUAGCUUGUCAACAAUCCAAAGUAACAAUAAAAUUAAAUUUUUAUUACAGUAAUUUGAAAAAAUGCCAUGGCCAUUGCCUUCGAUUGAUUUCAGGGAAAUUCGAGGCCUGAUUUGUAUAAAUAGCUAGAGCUUGACACAGGCCAAUUUAGAUGAACUACCAAGAAUAUACUGCAUGUACAGCAGGCACGAUUUGUUUUCAAUAUUAUUGGAGCAAGCAUUUAUAUGUGAAAAAGAGUCUUCCACGUUCUAAAAAAAAAGCUUUUUUCUGGGUUCUCCGAUUUGUUCCCACAGGGAAUGUGGACAGGGAGGGUUGGUAUUAGCCCCAAAAGUGACCCUUCCACCGUUGUAGUUGGGCUCCGUGAUGAGACAUGUGUAAUAAGGUGGCUGUCAGAUGCGCCAUUAGAAAGCCUUCGACUCGAUCAGGUUGAGCUGUGUCCUUCGUAAUUCAGCUUAGCUCUCAGCUCUGCAAGUAAAGAUGAUUAGUAUGCCCCCACUUACAUUGCCAACAAGGAUCGCGCUGUAGCCUAUUCUAGCUAGUAUAGUUGUCUGGACGAAGGGCAUUCGCUCGAAACGUAGACGUUUUACUUGAAUCCCUAACAAUCUGCAGUCUUCUGGUGAAGUGGAUGGUCCAUAUAUCUUGUACAAAUCAAGCCAUAUCAACCUACACGAAACUAAACUCUGAAGCUGUUGUUUAAUAUAGGGAACUCUGUCGGAACUAAAACGUCUGGAAGAAAUCAAGAACCGUUCGAGCAAAAAGAAAUUUAAACUAUACACUGUCAGGUUUCUGAUUAUUAUGGUCGUUAUGGGUAUUCUGGCCUCGUCUAUAUAUGGUAUAUUUAUCACCACAGAAAUCGCCCUUGAGGCUGCUGGGGUAAGUAGAUGCUGGACCUCCAGGAAGAACAGUUUAGAACUGAGAGAGCUAUCUAACAGGAGUAUAAUAAUAUUUUUUUUUUCCCUGACAGGAAAGCACCGACGGGAAUUUUCUUGAUACUGUAAAGCGUUAUGCCUCAUCACUCACUAUCUCAGCUUUGAAUCUAUUUAUUCCGCCCGUAUUUGCUGUACUGUGUACGUUUGAAGAGUAUAGUCCAAGUUUCGAGUUGGCCAUGAACCUUUUAAGGUAUGUUCUACCCAGCGGUCGGGAGCCUGGAAUUGUACAAUAAGCUGCCGUGGUUUGUGUCUGAACUACCUGAAAAAGAUAUCUUAAACGUGGUGGUCCAGUGUAGGUAGUAUUCUACAAUAAGCUGCCGUGGUUUGUGUCUGAACUACCUGAAAAAGAUAUCUUAAAUGUGGUGGUCCAGUGUGCAUGGGUAUAUAGUAUUCUACAAUAAGCUGCCGUGGUUUGUGUCUGAACUACCUGAAAAAGAUAUCUCAAAUGUAGUGGUCCAGUGUAGGUAGUAUUCUACAUUAAGCUGUCGUGGUUUGUGUCUGAACUACCUGAAAAAGAUAUCUCAAACGUGACGGUCCAGUGUAGGUACGUAGUAUUCUACAAUAAGCUGCCGUGGUUUGUGUCUGAACUACCUGAAAAAGAUAUCUCAAACGUGGUGGUCCAGUGUAGGUAGUAUUCUACAAUAAGCUGUCGUGGUUUGUGUCUGAACUACCUGAAAAAGAUAUCUCAAACGUGGUGGUUCAGUGUAGGUAGUAUUCUACAAUAAACUGCCGUGGUUUGUGUCUGAACUACCUGAAAAAGAUAUCUCAAACGUGGUGGUCCAGUGUAGGUAGUAUUCUACAAUAAGCUGCCGUGGUUUGUGUCUGAACUGCCUGGAAAAGAUAUCUCAAACGUGGUGGUCCAGUGUUGGUAGUAUUCUAGAAUAAGCUGCCGUGUUUUGUGUCUGAACAACCUGAAAAAGAUACCUCAAAAGUGAUGGUCCAGUGUAGGUAGUAUUCCACAAUAAGCUGCCGUGGUUUGUGUCUGAACUACCUGAAAAAGAUAUCUCAAAAGUGGUGGUCCAGUGUAGGUAGUAUUCUACAAUAAGCUGUCGUGGUUUGUGUCUGAACUACCUGAAAAAGAUAUCUCAAACGUGGUGGUCCAGUGUAGGUAGUAUUCUACAAUAAGCUGCCGUGGUUUGUGUCUGAACUACCUGAAAAAGAUAUCUCAAACGUGGCGGUCCAGUGUAGGUAGUAUUCUACAAUAAGCUGCCGUGGUUUGUGUCUGAACUACCUGAAAAAGAUAUUUCAAACAUGGUGGUCCAGUGUAGGUAGUAUUCUACAAUAAGCUGCCGUGGUUUGUGUCUGAACUACCUGAAAAAGAUAUCUCAAACGUGGCGAUCCAGUGUAGGUAGUAUUCUAUAGUAAGCUGCCGUGGUUUGUGUCUGAACUACCUGAAAAAGAUAUCUCAAACGUGGCGAUCCAGUGUAGGUAGUAUUCUAUAGUAAGCUGCCGUGGUUUGUGUAUGAACUACCUGAAAAAGAUAUCUCAAACGUGGCGGUUCAGUGUAGGUAGUAUUCUAUAGUAAGCUACCAUGGUUUUUAUCUGAACUACCUGAAAAAGAUCGUCAGGUGUUUUAUAGCAAUGGCUACCAAUCUUGUGAUAAAAGGUCACAAGGGUCAUCGCUCAGCAUUUGUAUGAAACGUAGAGAACAUGUUUAUAUUGAGUUGUGUUGUUCGUCUAAUUUCGGUAAUCAGUAUCCUAAACUAUUCAUAGAUAUGCAAUGUCUCUUAAUUAGUAUCUUAACUAUGGGAAGCCUGAAUAAAUUUUACAAUCCACUUGUUUCGUUCUUUUACGCAUGCGUGUGUACUAACACGAAGCGACGAUGGCGCUCAGCAGUACGUCCCACAAGCCGGAAGAGAUACUUUGUCAUUUAAAUACUGAAACUAAAUCUCAAAUCAGUAACUAACUCUGGUUUUCCUUCAAACCACGAAUAAAUCUUUCGCCUUUUACUAAAGAUUUCCGUGGAGGAGAACAACAGAAUGAGUCUAUAGACUAAUUUUUUGUCACCCUGCUUUACGGCGGGGGUUUAUUACAAUGAAAUAAAAAAACUGUUUACUCUUUGUAACGAAGUAUAAAACCUGUCUCCAAAUUGGCUUCCCGAGGAAGGGUAGAGACAUUGACCCGAUUUAUGCUAGAGACGGAUCACCCAGUAAUUCGACUGAUAAUUCAACUCAGUCAAUUGCGGAGAGCAUUCACUUUUACGAGUACGAGAUAUAGAAACAGUGUGCUAUUGCUAUAUACAUUGACCCGAUUAUGCUAUAGAGUCUUGUAAUUUUACGAGUACGAGAUAUAGAAACAGUGUGCUAUUGCUAUAUACAUUGACCCGAUUAUGUUAUAGAGUCUUGUAAUUUUACGAGUACGAGAUAUAGAAACACUGUGCUAUUGCUAUAUACAUUGACCCGAUUAUGCUAUAGAGUCUUGUAAUUUUACGAGUACGAGAUAUAGAAACACUGUGCUAUUGCUAUAUACAUUGACCCGAUUAUGCUAUAGAGCCUUGUAAUUUUACGAGUACGAGAUAUUGAAACACUGUGCUAUUGCUAUAUACAUUGACCCGAUUAUGCCAUAGAGCCUUGUAAUUUUACGAGUACAAGAUAUGGAAACACUGUGCUAUUGCUAUAUACAUUGGCCCGAUUAUGCUAUAGAGCCUUGUAAUUUUACGGAGUACGAGAUAUUGAAACACUGUGCUAUUGCUAUAUACAUUGGCCCGAUUUAUGCUAUAUAGAGCCUUCAGCCUUGUAAAUAUAAUGUGUUGUAAUUGGUGUAAAUGUGUAUUUUAUGGGACCCUGAAAUUGGGGCAAUAAGCCCUGUAGGGACCACCAGUCAUUUAUGACAAAGCUCGUAUAAAUAAAUAAAUAAAAUAGACAAACUUUUCCCAAGUUCAUCCAGACAGACUAGAUCAGUGGACAGACCAACCAUUUUGUCUGCAAAUCGGAGUACAGAGUAGUCGCCAUUUCACCUUCAAACUAUAGUCUCGUAAGUUUAACCAGUUCCCGCUAUUUUUGAUUGUUGUAGAACUGUAUUAUUGAAAUUGGCUUCAGUUGCUUCCUUGGUUAUCACGUUGUUCAUCGAAGCCUCUAAAAGAGAGGACUGUGACAGAGUAAGUUAUACACUACGUUUGGCUCCUGUUAUACAGAGAAAUAACCACAUCAACACCCCCCGCCCGGCCCAGGCUUUUAGCCAGGGUCCUAAAAAAGGGCGUCCAAUUUUGGUAUAACGAAAUAUUUAUAGUAAAGGGGGGGGGGGGUGUUCGAGAAAACGUUCCUCUGGAAAACCUUUGAAGUUUACGUUACUUCAUGUCAGCAUCUGUUCCAAGCUCGUUCGAAAUUUUUCAAACACACUUGGCUUUGUGAUUUUGUGCCGCUAUGCUUCUUUACUUAACUACGACAUUUUCAUUCAGCCAGGUACACCAUCAAAUUGAUCAAAAUGUCAAAUGUAUAAUAACAAUGAGAAUUGACGCUAUUUCGUUUUGGAUAUAUUAAUGGGCGUCCAAAGGCGUCCAUUUUUCGUUCUAGGGGCGCCCUUCUGGUUAAAAGCCUGCUCCGGCUCCUCUCCAACAGCAACUGUCAGAGAAACCUUGAUGUCUUACUGUAACUGAAUUGUAUUACAUAUUUUAGUGUUGGGAGAACCAGAUUGCUGCACAGAUGUACAUGUUAGUCUGGCUUGAUUUCAUCAUUGUACUUUUCACCACAUUAAUCGUCGACUUAGUAUACAGGUAAGAAAUAACUCUUACUGCGCCUCUAGGGAGAACAGUUCACUGUCGCGCAGUUGUCAAAACACCCAAAGAUCUCACAUCUGAACUUACGAGUUCCACACGCAGAGAAUGUUGACACAAAGAAGUACAUAUAUACCAUCCCUUAACCAUUAUUAAAUACAUAUCAUGAUUCAAAAAUAAUAUUUGUCACUUCCUCCUAGACUCUUAUUUGAUCACACAAGAGUAAUGAGAAAAUUUGCUCCAGCUCCUGAAUUUGAUAUUCCAAGAAACGUACUCGAGUUGGUCUAUGGGCAGUCCCUGAUUUGGUACGUAUUUCGUUACAUCCCGUCUCUCUCUCGAUGACUAUUGAAUUUUCUCUGGUUAAGCUGGUUUCCUCCUUUGGAACACUGGGGACAUACAGAGUGCCCUUUACAAAGAGAGCAGUGUAGGACUGUUAGAGCUAUCUAGUAUAGACGUGAAAUUCGUUUACAUAGUUGUUGUAACUUGUAAAUUAAUUGACCACUUGCGUAAUUUUGAUCUCAACAAGUCAAGAAAAAAAAUUCAUCACAGCUUGAAAGAGCAUCACAAAAUUAGUAAUAUUCCACAGUUUCGUUGCGAAAUGUUGUAAAAUGCGGAUAAUAUAGCCUUGCGAAGUUUGCCGUUUUUCAGUCAUUUUGCAUUACGCGGGAGAAAUUGACAGACCAAUGACAUUCUUGUAAUAGAAAAUGACUGAAAAACGGCAAACUUCGCAAGGAUAUAUUUUCCGCGUUUUACAACAUUUCGCAACGAAACUUUGGAAUAUUCACUAAUUUUGUGAUGCUCUUUCAAGCUGUGAUGAAAUUUUUGUCUUGACUUGUUGAGAUCAAAAUUUAGUCUAUUACGCAAGUGGUCAAUUGUUUAUAUUUGUUCUUUAAUUAGGAUUGGCUGCUACUUUUCUCCUCUCAUGGCAGCUAUGGGUGUGGCCAAAUUAUUCAUCAUGUUCUAUGCUAAAAAGGUAUAAUUUUCAAACACGAUUGCGAUUAAGUGGUUACAAUUAUGCAACGGGUGGCUUUUGGACAAAAUCUUCCAGGGUUAUUGCUCUGACAAGUCGAACCAAUUCCCACACUUCGAUCGAACAUGAUUGGACACUGAUCGUUGAUAGAACUCAAAAGAGAAAAGUUAUAUAGUACAUUGCAGCAUUACAAUUAUUUCUCCUUCAUAUAUAAAUUCAAUAUAAUAUAGCAAUUCAUUUGAUCAAUAUACUGUACCUGACCAAUAUUACGAAAUCAAUAGGAAUUUCAAUUGACAAAUCUUGUGUGGUAGAUUAGUAAGAAAUUGUGUUUUGGCUUUGCAAGAAUGAUGGAGAAAUUUUUCAAAUUAAUGUGGUAAAAUGAUUGGCCAUAAUGUCUGUGCAAAGCAGUCAGUAGAUGGCCAUGUUGGCGUUUUGCGCGGAAAAUGGCCGAUGACCGAGCGUUGUAUUGAACUCUGAUUAAAGUCAUUAAACCUCUUUCCUUUUUUGCUGCGCUUAAACAGGUUUACCCUCUCUUCUUUAGAUAGGCUUGAUGUACAAUUGUAAACCCUCAUCAAAGCCGUACAACAGUUCUCGUGCAAACUAUCUUUUUACCAUGUUACUUCUGCUGUCAUAUUUGAUCUGUCUGGUUGCUAUUGGUUACUCCAUAACAAGGUAAAGUACUCGGUAGAUAAACUGAUCAAAUUUACUUCAGUGAACUUAAGCCCCCGGCGGUGAAACCAGGAUGAGUGAUCGCCAACUCUCAUCAACUUCGAGAUGGUUCAAAUUUUGAAAUGUUGAAGAGAAUUGAUGAGAGUUUUCGCUGAGCGCGCGUUAACAUCUUGUCAACUCUCAUGCAACUCGCAUGCAACUCUUCUGGGCUUAAAAACUUGUUCGCUGAAAUUAGAUUGGCGUGCGCCACGAAUUUCAGACACGUAUACGAUCACGUACACUUUCUACAGCAGAGCUGAAUCGUUACCCCUGUUUGCCUUAAAAUCCCUCAACCAAUGACCAAAUAUUCGCCUGAUUCUGAAAUAUCCAUAAAUUUAUAACAAUCAAACAUGAAACAUUGAUCUAGAAACAUCGAGAGUUCACUGCUCGAAACCCAAACCGCCAUCUUUGUUACGUCGUUUAAAUCCAGCAUUUCAAACGCAUUUUUAUACGGGAAUUUUAUACGAAAACUAGUAUACAAAUAGUACAGAGCGUACGACCUCGUACGGCAUUUCUGAUUUAUUUUUUAAUUUUUGAUUUUCUUUUGACCAGGGCUGUACUAACCGACGCUUAUUAAUAUUAAUGUCUUGUAUUAAUUAGCAAUAGAUUAUAGCGACAGUUUUGCACAUGAAAUGUACACAUAUUUAUCCAGUUGUAUAAAGUUUAUUGAUUCUUUUACUAGUAUAACAAAUUUUUCUUGAUUGUUUACUAGAAUAAAGACGUCUUGCUGUGGACCAUUUAGGUAAGGAAUGCAUUCAUUUCUUAUGAUAAAUCAGUAAGGUCACGUAUACUGAAAUUAAGUUUGCCCAUAGUUAAUAGCUAUGUUUAACCAGCAGUUAUCACAGAGAGAGUAUACAAAUAUGUAUUCAAAUGAACAAAUAUGUUUUAUAAUUAGCAUUUCUCACGCGAGGCAAUUUCGUCAUAUAUUGGGUAUUGGGAUACUGUCUUCUAUUUUUGGUAUACUGUCUUCCAUUGUCAGAGAAUCUACACAAUUCAAACAAUGUGAGAACCUUGUUACUGUAAAUUUACCAUUAUAUGCAGCAAGGUCAGAUUUUGGUGGAAAUAAUGGGGGGUGUGGAAAACAAUUUAGGUGAGGUGCAGCUGUCUAGCUCACGACCCCCAUGGAAAGUUAGUUCUUACGUAGAACGAGCCAAAGUCAACGAUGUGACGUAUGCAUGUAUAGUGUACAUAUGUAUCAGUGUAUUAAUGAAUUUUGACUGUACAACUUAUCAAAUUUUGUCCUUCAUUACAAUUACUACAAAGUUUCUUUCAAAACACAGAGAUGAAUGGCUGUCACUGUUUCAAUUUUACAGAAAAACUUCCUUACGAAGUGUAGACCCUAAGCAACCAUCAACUUGAAACUUUUUCAAGGGGAGGUGCAUGACUUUUCAAGGGAGGUGGUAAAAUUCUCAAGGGAGGUGCAAAACGAUCUCAGGGGAGGUGCGCACCCCCCCCCCCCCACUUCUCUCAAAAUCCGGUCAUGAUACGCGCAACUAGAGUUAUAAUGCUUGGCAGACAGGUAGUUGAUAAAAUGUUCUCUUUCUUGAAGCAACACGGACUGUGAGGAUUCAAUGCGUAUGUACAACGUCGUGCCUAACGAGAUUAAUACUUGGCCACAGGUCCUCCAGGAUAUUAUACGUUUUGUUGGAACUGUGUCAUUCAUAUUUCCAUUUGCUGUCAUUCUAUGGUAAGUUACAGUAACUGGAAAUUUGACCAGGACCUUAUAACCAUGCAUUAAGUAAUAUAAAUUGUAAUUGAAUCAUUUAUCUUUACUUCCAUGUUCUGUUCUAGUUUACUGCUUUACUACUUCCGUUCCAUGAACAAAGCUCAUCAACACAUGAUAGAUAUGUUAAAAGAUCAACUGAUACUGGUAAGUAUGAUACUCUUCUAUAGGUUUCCUCCUGUAGUAACACUGGAUCAAUAAGAGAUUAUCCUUACUGGACCUCUAGGGAGAACAGUUUAGAAUUGACAGAACUAUCCAGUAUAAAUAUAGUAAAUUCUUGUUAAGGCUUCCUUGUGCAUGAGCAUUCUCGUAUAGAAGAAUUCGGUAUGCUUAUAAGCGUGCUGGAUUUUCCUACAUAUUUGAGCGUGCUUAUGAGCAUAUCUGAUUUUGGCAUGCUCAUGAGCAUUCUCAUGAGGAUGCUGGAUUUUGGAAUAUUCGAGGGUGCUCAAGAGCCUAUGGAUUUUGGUAACAUGUACUUGAUUAAUAAGAGAUGGCUCUUAUUGGAUCUGUAGGAAAAACAGUUUAGAACUGACAGAGUUAUCCAGUAUAAAUAAAGUUAGUUUAGUUUAGGUUUCCUCCUGUAGUAACACUGGAUCAAUACGAGAUGACACUUGCAUGCAUGUGGGCCACUAUAGGGAGAACGGUUUCGAAGUAUUUACAUUGAAUUGCUUGAACUGGCUAGGUAGAACAUGCAGUUAAGAACUGAUUGAGAUGUCCAGUAUAAAUAAAGUUUAGUUUAGGUUUCCUCCAGCGGUAACCCUGAACCAAAAAGAGAAUGGCUCUAACUGGACCUCUAUGGGAAGAACUGUUUAGUACAACCCAUCCGCUUUUGGAAGAAGUACUGCUCUAAACCUUCUCUACUGUAUUCAUUAUAGGAAGGACGUGAUAAGCGUUUCCUCAUGGAACGACUUCUGGCUGAUGCACAAAAGAAACAGCUCGCAGACGAAUUCCCCACAAACCCUGUUGAAUCAAACACGGCUACGACGGUAGACAACUAAGUCUGUACAUUUCCACAUCAAGUAGCCCUUGAUCGAUUUCAAUUGACUUUUAAAACAGCGUGGUUCUCAGAAUCGUGGAGAUGGAUCUUUAAAAGUCAAUUCAAAUCCACCACGUAUUUUUCGUUCAUGCCUUUCGCUAAGCUAAACUCAUGCCCUGGCGUGUUAAAAAGCAUGGGUAUUAUAUAAACUCUUAAGUCUUGUAGAAGAUUUCAAUUGCACAUCCUUGUUCAUAUUUUAAUAUAAAAACCUUUGAUUGUGUUUAGUCGUAGUCGACAUAAAAAAUUGUGAUUAGCAUUUUGUAUAUAAUUCACAUUAAGUUAUGUAUUUUUUUAUUAUAAAACCUGUAUUUAUAUGCAAUAAAAAAUAUUGAGUGAUUAUUGUGUAGCG